AUGAGCAGGAUUGCCUUCAUGCCUCAAUUUAAUGACAGACGACUUGUAGAUAAAUUUCAUCUCGUAAGGAUGGAUUGUCGUGGUGCCGGACGUUCGUCUAAACCCACAAACAUGUCUAUGUAUGACAACAUCUAUGUUUAUGCUGAUGACCUUAAUGCCGUAAUCCAAGACGUUACAAAAUCUUAUCCAAACAAGAAGGUGGCUCUUGUCGGUUGGUCUUUUGGGUUUCCAAUAAGUUUGGCUUACUUGGAUAAGUAUGGCUACGAUAGGGUAACAGGGCUCGUCAGUUGUAGCGGUCAUGCGAAUCCGAAAAUUUCACUUAAUGCGACCGCUCUGGGCCCUUUCGUUGAUCAACUUACCAGUAACGAUUAUACAAAGGCUAUCACAACAAUUGAGAGUCUUGUUUAUGUACUUACGGCAAAACCUUUGGAUGAAAAGACACGACUGAUGUUCAUCGGAAUCAUGGCGAUCGUACCUCCAGUUGCGAAACGAGGUAUCGUUAGUAUUAUAGGUAAAUCUUAUGAUUUUGAACCUGUUCUCAGAAAGGCCAAUAUACCGGUUUUGGUAAUCUAUGGGGACAAAGAUAAUUUGACUAAUAGAGGAUAUCCUGAGGCUAUGGAAAAAGCGGCCAAGAAAGCAGUGAUUAAGCGUUAUCAUAAUGUUGGGCACUUUCCUAGCUGGGAAUCGGCAAAGCAAUUUAAUACUGAUUUGACAAUAUUUAUUAAAAGUUGUACAGAUGGAUCGUAA